UCACCAGAACCAAGCUGCAUAAUUUGCUCCAAUGUUGACGACUCAGAGGGCUAACAAACCUUUGAGAUGAGGAUUAUGUGGACGAGCUGUGAGCAAUGGGACAUGCCAAAAGUCGUAACGUGGACCACAUCUCCUCGUCUUCGGGGCGGUAAACCUGAUAAAUCAUACUGCCAAGGGAUCAGGGAAGCGUUCGGUCAGCGAGGCUCGAGCUCGACACAGGAUCAACACGCUCACAAGCUGUCAAGGGAUCAGGGAAGCGUUCGGUCAGCGAGGCUCGAGCUCGACACAGGAUCAACACACUCACAGCCUGUCAAGGGAUCAGGGACGCGUUCGGUCAGCGAGGCUCGAGCUCGACACAGGAUCAACACACUCACAAGCUGUCAAGGGAUCAGGGACGCGUUCGGUCAGCGAGGCUCGAGCUCGACACAGGAUCAACACACUCACAUACUGCCAAGGGAUCAGGGACGCGUUCGGUCAGCGAGGCUCGAGCUCGACACAGGAUCAACAAACUCACCCACUGUCAAGGGAUCAGGGACGCGUUCGGUCAGCGAGGCUCGAGCUCGACACAGGAUCAACACACUCACAUUCUGUCAAGGGAUCAGGGACGCGUUCGGUCAGCGAGGCUCGAGCUCCACACAGGAUCAACACACUCACGUCCUGUCAACGGGUCAGCAAUGCCCAAGCCUUAGGUCAGCAUGCUGGCAGAAAUGUGACCAGACGCACUACCUACAAGUAACCGUCAAAUAUGAAUGAGAGGAAUUUUCGAAAAUUUCUAUGAUCUCACUGCAGUUUGCGGAAACCAUGCCCCCAAAUCGUUUACAAUC